AUGAGGGAUACGGAUGUGGAUGAAGCCGCUGGCUGGGAGAUCCAGCUGGGGGAUGGAUGUGAUGCCCAUAAGGAUUGCACCGAUGGCAGUGACGAGACCUUCGUUGAAUGCUAUAGAGAGAUCUGUCCAAAUUACAAGUGCUCGUAUGGCGGCUGUUACAAGAAAAGCCAACGUUGUGAUGGCAAAUUGGAUUGCUGGGACGGCACAGACGAACAUCCGAGCCUUUGCAGUAGAAAUCAAAGUGAAGUACAUCCCACCGAUAAUGAUUCAACGCUGGGAUGCCCCGAAAAUCAUGUAAAGUGCAAGUCAAGUUCCGAUUGCCUGGAUGUUAAGUUUGUUUGCGAUGGCAUCAAGGACUGCCAGGAUGGCAGUGAUGAGACCAGUGGCGAUUGCCUUAUUUCCAAGUGCCCCAAUGACACCUUCCGCUGUGCUUAUGGAGGUUGCCUAGCGAAUAACAAGACCUGCGAUGGCGAAAUGAAUUGCUGGGAUAAAUCAGACGAGGAACCCGUCAUUUGCACUGAAAUAGGGAAAAAAUACGAAUUCGCUUCCUUGAAAGUAACUACAAAGGUAACAGGUCGCACCACUUCCAUGUUUCUUACCAAAGAAGAGGAUGUUGCUCGAAUGAAUUACGCUAAAUCUUCAGCCUGCAAGAUUCCUGGGAACCUGAAAAACCUUCAGGUGAAAACCCUGUUCAAUGUUCUUCCCUAUAAAGUGGGUGCAGAAAUAUCCGACUCCACUGUGGUGCGACUGAGUUGUUCUGAAAAUACCGGACUGUAUGGAAGCGAUCUGAACCAGUGCCUCAAUGGAAACUGGCAAGGUCCAUGGCCAGAUUGCAUUGCCAAGUGUCGCGCAGAUACGCUAACCAGAGAUCCCUCAAUUCAAGCUACCUGUCGUUACAAUGGAGAUAUUCAGGACUGCGAACACAACUUGUUUAUUGGAACUACGGCAAACGUCACCUGUGCUCCUAGUUACAAGCCAAAGAACAGCAUUUCCUGGCAGGUUCGAACCUGUACAGAGGUUUCAGUGCCAAAUCACCGGUUUGGGCUGUCGAGAACUCCAAAAGUCGUCUCCAGUGCGUUCCCGAAUGUGGCAUAA